UAAGUGUUUUUAAAUUGUUUUCUUUCUUGUGCAUAAGACAGAGUAUAUUUUGGUUCACAUGAACAGAGGGUUGCUCGAAGAAUCAAAACGUUAUCCACUAGCGAUCACAAAUGGACUUUGAUGUGAAAUCGUAGCUGUUUGGGCCUACAAAUUCCUUAACCAGCUGAUAUCAGAAGUAGAUUAGAGUGAAUCAUCUUCGACCUCCAUUCCUUCGUUUCUCUUCCCAUCCCUCUGUCUGGCUGGAGUUAGAACAAGAGGGUACAUGGAGAGAGCGUUAAAUGGCUGAGGAGUUGUGUACCGGCUGGUUUCGCAUUGUUGCAGGCUCCUUGGAGAUAGAGGAAUGCAAAUCUGCAACCAUGAUGGAAGGAUUGAAAAAACGUACCAGGAAGGCCUUCGGGAUACGGAAGAAAGAGAAGGACAAUGACUCCACGGGGUCCCCAGACAGAGAGAGUGGUUCUCAGAAGAAGACCAACGGGGCCCCUAAUGGCUUCUACGGAGAUAUCGACUGGGAGAGAUAUAACUCUCCUGAGGUGGAUGAUGAAGGCUACAGCAUCAGACCUGAGGAGGAGUCAGAAGAGGGAGUUCACCCUACCACCAAAAAGACCAACUUCUUUUCCUCUGAUGAGUCAGAAGGAGAGGAGGACCACAGGAAAAAAUUCAAAAUCAAGAUCAAGCCGCUCCCAGCAGAUCAAGUAGUGUCGGUGCCCUCGGUCGACGAGCUCAAAGCCUCCAUAGGCAACAUAGCCCUGUCCCCGUCCCCUAUGAGACGUAGCCCGGGUUUGAAACGAAACACAUCCAGUGAGGAGAUUGCCAGACCGAGACGUAUCGUCCCUACUUUACCCACUGUGGCCCCUACACCAGCUCCAGCACCACAUCCCCCCAGUCAACAAACACCAGUCUCUGAAGACACCACAGCCUUAUUUGGGCCUCCUUUGGAAACAGCCUUCGGAGAACCAAAAACUGAAGUGAGUCUCUCUGAGUCCGAUGCGUGGGGGGCUCCUCUAUCACAGCCUGAAUCCUCUUUGACAAGAUCCUUCCCCACAGGAAUUCCACCUCCUCUUCCACCGAAGAAUGUCCCGACCACUCCCCCGUCGACUAGCCCUCCGUCUUUAGAUGAUGCUGAAGUGUCAACAGAAGCAGACAGUUCUGCCAGAAAGCCCUCAAUAGCCGACUUGGACAACAUUUUUGGACCAGAACAGCCUUCUGCUGAUGACGAUACAAAUGACAAGUGGGUCUGCUUCAGUGCAGAAUCUCCUGACCGGCCGCCUCUACCGGCAGAACCAGCGCCUCCUCUACCAGCCUCCCCACCUCCACCUGAAUCCCCUGCCCCGCCCUUACCUACUUCGCCACCUCCACCAGAAGACCCUGCACCACCUCUCCCUACAUCACCUCCCCCAAAAGAAGAACCUGUCCCCCCUCUCCCAACCUCCCCACCUCCCUCAGAGGAGCCUGCUGGACCUCCUGUCCGCUCAGGUCCUCCUACACCUGAGGAACACAAUCCUCCCGCGCCGGCCACCUCUCCACCCCCUGCACCACCAAAGGACGCCUCUCUUUCCGCUUCCUCUCCCCCUCCUCUCAACUCAACCGCCAGCACCCCAGCAGCCCCGGCUCCCAAAGCAAGUACCCCUCCGGCGGUUACUCCUCCUGCUGAGGGACCUGCAGCAUGCUCCGUCCCACCACCACUUGUCCUGUCUCAGGAGGAGCAGUCCAAGAACACAGACGUCAGCCAACCUAAAGAGGAUGGAGGUGAAACUGUCACCUCUCCCACUGAUGCUAGUCAGGGGAGCCGGAGUACGCCUCCCCCACCUCCUCCUCCAACAUAUCGGGCAGUGGUGUCGUCACCGGGUCCCACAUCUGGAGCAGGUGGCACAAAUAGUGGUUCCUCCUCUCCGGUGCGACCCAGCACUCCUUCGUCAGUCAGCCCCACCCCACCACCGCCUCCACCCCGUCCUCCUUCACGGCCCAAACUUCCUCCAGGGAAACCCAGUGUAGGAGAUCUAAAUCGUCCGUUCAGCCCGCCGAUCCACUCUGCCAGCCCCCCUCCCAUCGCCCCGUUGGCGCGGGCCGAGAGCACCUCCUCCAUCUCCUCCACCAACUCCCUGAGUGCCGCCACCACCCCCACCGUCAGUAAAGAGCUCUCCGUGUCUGUGUCAGAGAAUGACCAGCCAUCCCUUGUAUGGUUUGACAGAGGGAAGUUUUAUUUAACCUUUGAAGGCUGCUCCAGAGGGCCCAGUCCUCUCACCAUGGGGGCUCAGGACACUCUUCCUGUUGCCGCUGCGUUCACAGAGACGGUCAACGCUUUCUUUAAAGGAGCUGACCCCAGCAAGUGUGUUGUGAAGAUCAUAGGUGAGAUGGUUUUGUCGUUUCCGGCGGGAAUCACGCGGCACUUUGCCAAUAACCCGUCCCCCGCCGUGCUAACCUUCAGCAUAACCAACUACAGCCGACUGGAGCAUGUGCUGCCUAACCCCCAGCUCCUCUGCUGCGACACCACCACACAAGCUAAGGCUGAUGCCAAGGACUUCUGGGUGAACAUGCCAAACCUGAUAUCCCAUUUGAAGAAGGUGGCAGAGCAGAAGCCACAGGCGACAUACUACAACGUGGACAUGCUCAAGUAUCAGGUAUCGGCGGAUGGACUCCAGUCGAUUCCUCUCAAUCUAGCGGUGAGCUGGAGGUGUGAGCCCACCAGCACUGACCUGAGGAUAGACUACAAAUACAAUGGGGAUGCCAUGACGACGCCGAUGGCCCUCAACAACGUCCAGUUCCUCAUCCCUGUUGAUGGAGGGGUUUCAAAGCUACAGGCUGUCUUACCUCCUGCUGCAUGGAAUGCGGAGCAUCAAAGAAUCCUUUGGAAGAUUCCUGACAUCUCACAGAAAUCUGAAAACGGAGGUGUGGGAUCAUUGUUAGCUCGCUUUCAGCUAACAGAAGGUCCCAGUAAACCAGCUCCACUGGCAGUGCAGUUCACCAGUGAGGGCAGCACCCUGUCGGGCUGUGACAUCGAGUUGGCUGGGCCAGGAUACCGCUUCUCUCUCGUCAAGAAGAGGUUUGCCGCAGGAAAAUACCUGGCCGACAACUAACCCAUGCUACUGACAACAGCACUGUUGAACAAAACAAUCGCAGUGGACUGAGGCCGACACCGAGGACAGAGGAUGAACCGACACCAGACGACAGACUUUCCAUUAACCGUUUCCGAACCCACACGACAGGUUCCGCAGCCUACCCAGCAGUAUUGUAUAACUCGCAAAUAGCAUCGUGGAAACUGUUUUAGGUCAUGUAAUUAUCGUAUUUGUAUUCAUUUCAUAACAUCUGUAUUGCUGCAGUUAGACACCUGGGUUCCUCCUCACUCUGAAGUCUGUGCCUCUGUGUCUCCAUCCUCCUCUGGUCAAUGUGUGGUGGUGUUGUUUUAAAGUUUCACUGCAGCUGCCUGACAGAAGACAUGGACAGAAAGAGUUUCAGCCAGAUUUGAAGUCUGGGUGACGAGCUGUUUGUUGUUGAGUCCAGGAAGAUUUGGCUGUAAAAAAAAAAACCUUUAAUAAGAUCUUUGCAGUCAGACACACACUCAGCCUCUGACACACUAACCUCCCAAAGUUAGACUAGUUGAAGCAGGGCCCAGGACAAUACUUAAGUAAGUUAUGCAUUAGCAGAUAGAAAUUAUCCUUCUGUCAGAGUCUGGGCAUGAAGCCUGAGACAGCUGUCCUCACGGCUGUCAACUGCGUGUCUUUUUCCAGCAAACAAAUGCAUUUACUGAAGCAUUUUGACACGUUGCAGCAGUUAAAUGAAAGAUGUUUCUUGUCACUUCUUGAAACAAACAAAUCAUGCAUCACCUACUGGUACUACAGGGUCACAUGACUUUGGAUCACAUCCUUUUUAAAACAAAUGCACUGAUCAGUCAAUCAAACUGUUAAUUUUAUUUCUCUGUUAGACAUGGACGCGGAGAGGUUUUUAGCUAGUUAGGCAGCUGCAAUGAUGAAUCAAUUUACUGGUUGCAAAAUAAGAAAAAUCUCGUCAGAACAAAAGAAGUGUACAAAGUGUCAUUUUAAAUCAAUAAUAUAUAUCUUAAAGGGCGUUUGGUGUUUUCCUCGUAUUGUCAGAUAGCCUUUCUGUUGUUCCCGGGACAGCAGUGAUAGACUCCAGAGUACAUGACAGCAUUCUAUUUUUAUUUAUUGAUGACGAUGAUUUGUUGUAUAAAACAUGUGAUUCUGUUAUAGAAUUUGAAUGGUAUCACACGACUCAGAACCCUUAAAAGGUAUAAAUAUUUGAACUCUCUCUCUUUUUUUGUUAUCUGUGUAGUUGGGUAACCUGUGUACAGUAUAAGGUAUAAUUUUUGAAUUUAUUUCAGAUAUAAUUUUUUUAACUCGAGUGCAACAGAAGAAUUGAGCUAUAUAUGGGUGAGGGGAGGGGUAAUUUAAAGAAAAAAAGAAAAAUAUCUUCCUGGAUGCUGUGUUAUGCUUUGUGAAAGCAGUGUUAAUGUAGUUAGUUAUACCAUGGGCAAGGUCCACACUCUCAGUUUGACAUUUUGGGAAAUGAGCUCAUUCAUUUUUAUUUUUUUUUAAGAGUUAGAGACGAUAAUCAAUACCUGUUUGUUCGACAUGAGGCUGGAGCCAGGAGAUAAUAAUUUCCUCGAUUAACUGAUUAACUGUUGUCCUUUUAAAACAUCAGAAAAUAAUGAAAAAGUGUCCAUCCAAAUUGCAAAUUAUCAAUUAUCAAAAUAGUUGGAGAUUAUUAUAAUCAUUGUAGCUCUUCUGGUGAUUUCUCUUUGUCUUUAACACCACUAAAAGUUGAUGCUCAUAGUUCUCUACUAUUGGAUAAAUUGCCAUUAUAUGUGCUACAAAUAUUCAUGUCCCCCUUAGGAUGAGUUGUAACAACUCUGGAGAUUCCUUAAUUAAUUAAGAUGGUGAACAUGAUACAUAUUAUACCUGCUUAACAUCUGCAUGUUAGCAUUGUCUAGAGCUGUUUCUAUUCAAGUAUUUUUAUGCACAUUUUGAAGUAUUGCAUUAGAAAAGCAGAAUAAAAAAGGCAAAAUUUAGUCAAAAUUACUCAAUUGUGUAAAAAAAAAAAAAGCUUUUAUGCUUGCUUUAGUUGGGUUCUUUUUGGAAACACUUUUGUCAAAUAAGUUCUGACAUAGCUAUUUAUUAAACUCUGAAUAAUAGGUUUAAAUUAAUUCCUGAAGACCUCUCCUUGCUAAAAAUGUAUUUAACAACUGAAUGAAAUCACUUCUUUUGUGAGAAGGAGAGAGUUAGCAUUUAGAGUACAGCCUCACAGAGCUGUUCUCAUCACUAUUUUCUGACAGAACCAGGCUAACUGUAUCCCUUUGUUUCCAGUCUUGAUGCUAAGCUAAGCUAACCGUCUCUUGGCUCCAGCUUUACGUUCUCUGAAGAAAGUGAGUCAGCGUAUUUUCCAAACUGUUUAACUUUUCCUCCUAAUAAGGUCGAGACAAUGACAACAGAAGCAAUCAGUUUUCCUCAGCAGCACGUUUAGUGACUGUGGUACCACUACUGGAACAGGACUUGUUUACUGGGACCAGCUUGUUUAUUUAUUAUUCAAACCUCAUCAGAUUCCACUCUCGUAUUAAUCCAACAUUCUCGGUUCAGUUAUUCCUCAACUUCUGUCUGACCUGUUUCCAUUCACCUCGGUGGUACCUGAACUCCCUGAUUAUAUCAUGAGCACACCCCCGAUCAUCCAACCAGCGCUUGAAUCCAUGGCUUUAUUUUGCAUAAUCGUAAUGGUCUCUGUGAGAUGACAUGAGUUGAAUGAGGUUGUGGAGCGAGGUUAAGUUGACCAAAAUGCUUCUCUCUAUUUUUUUUUUUGUAUUUUAUGUGUGUGUACCCCGGACAAGUCAGUCCUCUGUUAAGGAGAAUAAGCUGAAUAUUUUUAAAAUGGAUAAAAAUGAAAAAAUAUUAUAUUGUUUAAUGUGUAAUAAACACUGUGCUGAUGAUGUUGAACUUCCUGAAUGCUCUGACACUCAACACGAAGAACAAAAAAGUGUGUGUGACGUGUAGCCGCAGAUCUCUGUACUGUAUGUCUGCAUUCUGCUAAAUGCAACCAAUCAUGGUCAUUCAGAGCCGCCGUAGAAGCGACUUAGGCUGAGGACUAUUCACAACUUGUCAAUGCUCCUAUUAAAUCAUAGAGUACUUUUGAUCCAACAUAGUUUUGAACAUAUGUAGUUAUUUGGCUAAUAAAAAGACCAGUAAUAUGAUCUCUUGUUUUAUUUCUGUGCGGUCUAAAGGAGCACUGUGGAUUUCUCUGAGGUUGCAUUUAAUUUAUCAAUGCAAGGUUAUUAUGAUUGGUGCCAUUUAGCUCCCACUUUAGUUUGGUUACACUUUCCUCUCAGUCGUGUGUGUGAUGCCUGACAGGAAGCUGUAACCUUCUGGGUGAAUCUUGAAGCUAUCAGUGCAACAGUCACUACAGCAUUAUCUACACAGGCCCACCACUGACACAUCCCAUCAUGCAUCUGUUUUAAAUUACCACUACACCACAGCUUACAUUUCUUUCAGCUUGAAAGUCCUGUGGCAGUGCUAAACUCACUCUCUCUCUGUUAGUUCCCAGAUAAUACUUUACAUCAUCCAGUUAAAGAAAUAGAAAACAAACUUCAUCUCUCUGGUGAAUUAUUGCAUGCAGAGCAUGCAGUAAACGGUGGGACAUUCAUGAUGAUAGAUAGUACUGAAAUGACGUGUUGUGCUGAGUGUCAGUUACCUGUAUUACUGCUGAGAAGAGAGCAGGGAGUGUGUUUAUGUGUGCUAUAAGCCAGAAUGCUUUUUGGUUCUGUACCGUUAACCUCAAACACAUGUGCAAGCUGUUUGUACAGUACAUAACAAUGCUAAGAUGAACUGAGAAACUUAGUUUGCUUCUUUCCAAAACCAAUAAAAGUUAUAACUGGA